CGUAUUCGAAAGGCGUUGUAUCGUAGCCACACUGCCUUGUUGCUCUGGCUCACACUGAAUCCUCUUCGGCAGCGAUAAAACASAGUUUUAAAGCCUUCACGAACCGAUUCCUUUUAAAGAAAUACCCAAUGGUCUUGUCAGCUUUUUUGUUUAUGUAUUUUCAAACCUCUAUAUGGAAACUCACUGACGAAAUGGCUUUAAACAUUUCGUUUUACGACAAUUGGAACUCAACGCAUUAUGGUAAUCGCACGAAAGAUGGAGUUUGGAAUCAUACCAUSAAAGGAGAAAAUAUUUCAAAAGCAAAAAAUUACUCCCUCYGGCAAGGCGGCGCGAAUUGGACAACACCGAGACCGAUUUAUACCACCACGAAAAAGACUACCUUUCCACAAACUACAGAACUUAAGGAACCGCCCACGCCGUCGCCAACUAGAAGACCUCUCAAAGUUGCUAAUCCAAAUAUCAUGUUUCCUACGCCUCAGAAGAAGAAAAAGUGCGCUUCUACACAAGUCUUUGAUAAGAACAAGAACAAAUGCAGGCACAAGUUAUCUUCAACCGGCAGGAAAGCAAUAAGAAGGAAAGUACCAUCCAGGAAAAGUAAAAAGAAAAGAACAUUCAGUCGGUUUSCAUUUAAAAUCAAAAUGUCCAAGAGACAAAACCUCACUUGCCAAAACCCUCAAAAAUAUCACACCGAUGAGUACACGAUGCCUUCAGAUAACAACUCAGCAGUUGUCAUCAAGAAGACAGGUGAAGUGCUAGUGUCUGAAGACUAUUAUAUCAGAGAACAGGACAAUGGCAGCCAAGCUAUUUAUGUCUGUAGGCAGACACAUAACUGUUCCAAGGAAUGGCUGGUACUCGAUGAAGAAGAAUAUUCUGUUUUGGAAAAUCGUUCUAUAUUGGUUCAUGAAUCAAAGAGGUCAUAUGACGAGUCAGAAUACAUCAGACAGAAUCGCAGUGUUUUGGUGUGCGAUAACAAUUCGCUGGAGAUYGAUUCUUGGGAAACUGAAGGUGAUAACUGUUCAAAAGAGUGGGGUCUGAUGGAGAGUGAUGAGUAUACAAUCUUGACCAACCAAUCAAUCUAUGUGAACGCUUCASACACUCUGUACGACCCMMCACAGUACACKUGGSAAAACCAAAGCCUCUUUGUCUGCGAUAGCUUURRCGGGGACCCUGAUAUCGAUGAAKCCUGGUCAAGCGAAGAUGAAAUCUUAUCGCUUUUAACCAUUGUUUGCAUGUCGAUAUCGAUUAUUGCACUGGUCUUUGUCCUCGUCACCUAUUCCUUGUUCGCCGAGCUAAGAACACCACCAGGUAUUAAYCUCAUGAACCUCAGCGUUGCCAUUCUUCUUGCGCAACUUUUGUGGCUUCUUGGUAGURGACAGACAGACAACUCCAUGACUUGUACUGCCAUYGCUGUUCUUCUUCACUACUUUUUCCUGGUYUCUUUYGUGUGGACRUCCAUCAUCGCCUUUGACACUUGGAGGGCCUUCACUGCAAAAGGAAGACGUUCCAUGKCUGACUCGAAGCACAAAAGACUGCUCYAUGCCUUACGAUAUAWGGSUGUUGGAUGGUUUUCUGUCAUGGURUACGUGUCAAUCUGUGUGRCUCUUGACCAAUCASAGRCAGUCRCCAUAGGGUAUGGGUCACRUGUWGCUUGCUGGAUUACUAACUUCAAUGCCAAGUGGAUUUUCUUUGCAACUCCUCURGGRAUGAUYGUCAUCRUCAACAUUGUCUUCUUYUYCAUGACAGUAAAAGCGAUCAGGUCUWCCCGUARYCAWGCCAAAAUGGYCGACAACCAAGCCAACAAGCRUGUUUUUGGCGUUUACGUACGUAUAGCGUCCGUAAUGGGCUUCACGUGGGUCUUUGGCUUYGCUGCAGCGUCCGGGUGGGUUUUCCUUCRGUACGYGUAUGURAUACUGAGCUCUUUGCAGGGAAUUUACAUCGCCAUUGCGUUUGCUCUCAACAAGCGAGCAAGACGACUGUACAUCMAGUUGURUAAGCCAAAGAAAUCGGGCAGUAGCGAUGAGCAUUCUAGAUAUGGGAGGACUGUGGAGACAAUGGCCCGCUCAACUGAGAUUGUUUCCAGGAAAGGAAAGACCAAAGUCAUCAUUGUCGAGAAAAAUCACUAA